AGCUAUGACAUAUGCAUGGUUCUCACAACACACCAUCGUCCUGCCUCUCCUCUCCUCUCUUCUUCUCUUCACUACCCAACUUUUGCAUAGACAAGAACAUCUAGGUAGCUUUCCUCCAGAGCAGCAAUGGCCAUGCACCCUCUCUCCCAGGGGCACCCACAGGCCUGGCCAUGGGGGGUAGCCAUGUACACGAACCUGCACUACCACCACCAGUACGAGAGGGAGCACCUGUUUGAGAAGCCCUUGACGCCCAGUGAUGUGGGCAAGCUCAACAGGCUGGUGAUUCCCAAGCAGCACGCGGAGAGGUACUUCCCCCUGAACGGCGGUGACUCCCCCGGCGAGAAGGACCUGCUCCUGUCCUUCGAGGAUGAGGCCGGCAAGCCAUGGCGAUUCCGGUACUCGUACUGGACGAGCAGCCAGAGCUACGUGCUCACCAAGGGCUGGAGCCGGUACGUCAAGGAGAAGCAACUCGAAGCAGGAGACGUCGUGCACUUCGAGAGGGUGCGCGGUCUUGGCACCGGCGACCGGCUCUUCAUCGGCUGCAGGCGCCGUGGCGAGAGCGCGCCGCCACCGCCUGUGCGUGUACCUCCACCAGCUCUGAGCGCCGGGGAGCAGCAGCCUUGGAGCCCGAUGUGCUACAGCACGUCGGGAUCAUACCCUACCAGCCCUGCCAACUCCUACGCCUAUCGCCGCUCGGUGGAGCAAGAUCACAGCGACAUGCUGCAUGCAGGUGAGUCGCAGAGAGAGGCAGACGCCAAGAGCAGCAGUAUGGCAUCAGCGCCGCCGUCGAGACAUCUCCGGCUGUUCGGCGUCAACCUCGACUGCGGUCCGGAGCCAGAGGCAGAAGCAACGACGCCAAUGUAUGACUACACCCACCAGAGCCCCUACGCUGCAGUGGCCAUGGUGCCAACUUACUGGGGCAGUUCAUAAGAUGAUGAAGAGAUCUGAAGCCAUGCUUGCAGGAUCCUAACAACCAGCGGUGAAACUAGUUACUAUAUCAGCCAACUAGGCUACUAGUACUACUCUGGACUAAGUGACAGGCUUGCAUUGACCCUUGGAAGGAAAAGGAAGACGAAGUGGGGAGAUCCCUUGUUUCCCGAGCAAUCUCCCUCCCAUAGUUGCCCUUUUUUUCUAUGUUUUCUUCUUCUUGUCUUCCAGAAACCCUACUGGAUCAUAGUACGGGGCCCUUAGCAGGUGGCAGGUUUCAGGAAACAUCAGGUUGAAAAGGAGGGGGAGUGAGAGAGAUAGAGAUAGAGGGAUGGUGGCACACAUGAAAAACAAAAGGACAUGCUUGCAAGCAUGUAUGUAUGUGUCAUCUGUCUGUAGUGGGUCCAAGAACAAACUAUGAAGCUGAUGUAUCAUCUCCUGCCUCCUGAAGAAACAAAGUAAUAUCCCCCAUGGGGAUUUUUGUUCUCUCCCUUGUCUAAAAUCUCACCUCUUCUAGUACUGUUGUUCUACAUCUCAUGCAAUCAAAUUGGUUCAAUGUUUUCAAGUCAA